AUGGACCGUCUGUUCAGCACCAUUGCAUUGUUUCUACUGGGCUUGUUGGUUCUCUUUUCAAGUGUGUCCUCUUUCCCAAAUGCAAAGACUCACUACCAUGACUUCGUCGUUCAAGCAACAAAAGUUAAGAGGCUGUGCAAAACCCACAAUUCUAUUACGGUCAAUGGCCAGUUCCCAGGUCCGACUUUGGAAGUGAACAAUGGCGACACUUUGGUGAUACAUGUCAUCAACAAAGCUAGAUAUAACGUCACCAUUCACUGGCAUGGUGUCAGACAAAUGACCACAGCGUGGGCAGAUGGACCAGAGUUCAUCACGCAAUGUCCAAUUAGACCAGGAGGGAGUUACACCUACAGGUUUACGAUUUCAGGACAAGAAGGAACCCUCUGGUGGCAUGCACAUAGUUCAUGGCUUAGAGCCACCGUCUAUGGUGCUAUUAUUAUUCACCCAAAAGAAGGAUCUUCCUACCCAUUCCCUAAGCCAAAGCGUGAUUCGGUCAUUGCUCUUGGUGAAUGGUGGGAUGCAAACCCAAUAGAUGUUAUAAGAGAAGCGACAAGAACAGGAGCAACUCCAAAUGUUUCUGAUGCAUAUACCAUCAAUGGUCAACCCGGUGAUCUUUAUAACUGCUCCAGCAAAGAUACGGUCAUAGUACCAGUUGAUUCAGGAGAAACAAACCUCAUUCGGGUGAUCAAUGCAGCGUUAAAUCAACAGCUUUUCUUCACCAUAGCAAACCACAAACUUACUGUGGUAGGAGCUGAUGCUUCCUACGUAAAACCCUUCACCACCUCGGUCCUCAUGCUUGGACCAGGUCAAACCACUGAUGUACUCGUCAAGGCUGACCAGCCACCGGCCAGAUACUACAUUGCUGCACGUGCUUAUGCCAGCGCACAAGGUGCUCCGUUUGACAACACCACCACUACCGCCAUUUUGGAGUACAAGACCGCCCCUUGUACAGCCAAGUGCACCACUUCAAAGCCCAUUAUGCCACGUCUCCCAGCAUAUAAUGACACCACAACCGCCACUGCCUUCACAACCAGCUUUAGGAGCCCCAGAAAGGUCUUUGUUCCAACUGAAAUUGAUGAAAAUCUCUUCAUCACUGCGGGUCUUGGAAUCAACCAAUGCCCACCAAAAACCAGGGCCAGAAACUGUCAGGGACCCAAUGGGACCCGCUUCACAGCCAGCAUGAACAACGUAUCUUUUGUACUCCCAUCCAAUUUCUCCUUGCUUCAAGCACAUCACCAAGGUGUACGUGGAGUUUUCACCACCGACUUCCCAGCGAAACCUCCAGUGAAGUUUGAUUAUACAGGUAAUGUGAGCCGGUCAUUGUGGCAGCCUACUCCUGGAACAAAGGUCUACAGGUUGAAAUAUGGCUCAAGGGUGCAGAUAGUGUUGCAAGGAACAAAUAUCUUCACUGCUGAGAACCAUCCAAUCCAUCUCCAUGGAUAUGAUUUCUAUAUACUUGCAGAAGGAUUUGGAAACUUCAACCCAAAAACAGACUCGGCUAAAUUCAACCUCGUGGAUCCACCUCUCAGAAAUACAGUUAGCUUGCCUGUCAAAGGGUGGGCAGUCAUUAGAUUUGUUGCAGAUAAUCCAGGUGUCUGGAUUAUGCACUGCCACUUAGACGUUCAUAUUGGGUGGGGUUUGGCUACAGUGUUUCUUGUGGACAAUGGAGUUGGACCAUUGCAGCAAUUGGAGCAACCACCACCAGACUUACCUGUGUGUUGAUAUCAUUUCCAUCAAAUUGAAAAUCAUAAUAGCUAGCAUUCUUGUAGUCCAAAUUUAUAAGGGUUAAAUGUCUUCCCCCACAUUGGGGCUAUUCCUAUUCUUUUUUUUGUUUUCCUGCUUUUCUGGUAUUUCUCGUUGAUAGCAGACUGCACCAAUGGUGAUGAACUUGGCAGAUACACAUAUUGUACUUUAUAAUCAAAAAUUGAAA